CGGCUGGCAGCGCAGGGUGCAUCCCUGCUGGACAGCACAAGGACCGGUGUGAUGCCCCGGAGUGGCACCGUGCCCCUCGGCCACCGCCGGACUGCAGGACACACGGCACAGCAGGACACACGGCACAGCCGGCUCUGCCCACGUGGGAGUGGCAGCGCUGCUGGCAGAGCUGCAGAGCAGCACAGCAGGGUGGCUCUGCAGGGCAGCUCGGUGCCACGCGUGCUGGGAGCCGUGCCGGGUCUUCACAGCCGCUCUGUCACUCCUCCUUGUGUCGUGGCCGUUCUAAAUGUGCUGGGAUGUCUGUGGGGUGACUGGUCUGUGGCACAGCCCCGGCAGAGCAGGAGGAGGAGAGGACUGCUGUGCUGAUCCGUGAGGUGUCUGACCUACGGCCGGGGACGCUGCAGGUGUCAGGCUGUGUCCUCUGCUGAUGUUCCCUGCCCCAGACCUUAACAUUUAGGUUCUCUAAAAUCUCGCCCUACUUGACAACUGUAACCUGUAAGAAUAUGUGGUACCUAAAGUGUGUGUAAGGGUGUUUUAACUGGUGUGGUUUUAUUAACUGAGUACUUGGAAAUAAAACGAGAUGCAGAUACUGGGCAGCACAGGCUGAUGGAGUGGCAAAUAAAGAAAAUACGCAGGAUGGCAAUGCGUUCAGGAAGGAGGAAUGCAGAGAUUCCAUCCUGAAAAGAACUUGGAUCAGCAGAGUGUGAUGAUUCAGUGUCUCACAGCUGAAGAAUGUCAGAAGAGCUGCGCGCACAUUAAACGGGAGCGUGAGUGCAUCUCAGUCCACGUGGGUCAGGCCGGCGUGCAGAUUGGAAAUGCGUGCUGGGAGCUGUACUGCCUGGAGCACGGCAUCCAGCCCAGCGGGACCAUGCCCAGCGACAGAGCCAUCGGCGGAGGCGAUGAUUCCUUCAAUACCUUCUUCAGCGAGACUGGAGCAGGAAAACACGUCCCUCGUGCUGUGUUUGUGGACCUGGAGCCAGCAGUGAUAGAUGAAGUUAGGACUGGGACAUACAGGCAACUCUUUCAUCCCGAACAACUGAUAUCUGGUAAAGAAGAUGCUGCAAACAACUAUGCUCGAGGUCAUUACACAGUUGGGAAGGAGAUAAUUGACUUGGUCCUGGAGCGCAUCAGGAAACUGUCAGACCAGUGCACUGGUUUGCAGGGUUUCCUGAUUUUCCACAGCUUUGGGGGAGGCACCGGCUCAGGUUUCACUUCCCUGCUGAUGGAGCGCCUGUCUGUUGACUAUGGGAAAAAGUCCAAAUUGGAAUUUGCCAUCUACCCUGCACCACAGGUCUCAACAGCUGUUGUUGAGCCGUACAACUCCAUCCUGACCACCCACACCACUCUGGAGCAUUCUGACUGUGCCUUCAUGGUGGACAACGAGGCCAUCUAUGACAUUUGCCGUAGGAAUCUGGACAUUGAACGCCCGACCUACACCAACCUCAAUCGCCUCAUUGGUCAGAUCGUGUCUUCCAUUACUGCUUCCCUCAGAUUCGACGGUGCCUUAAACGUGGAUCUCACGGAAUUCCAGACGAAUCUGGUGCCUUACCCUCGUAUCCACUUCCCGUUGGUAACGUAUUCCCCAAUUAUUUCAGCAGAGAAGGCCUAUCACGAGCAGCUCUCUGUGUCUGAGAUAACCAACGCGUGCUUUGAGCCUUCCAAUCAGAUGGUGAAGUGCGACCCUCGCCAUGGCAAGUACAUGGCCUGCUGCAUGCUGUACCGGGGGGAUGUGGUCCCCAAGGACGUCAACGCUGCUAUUGCUGCUAUCAAAACCAAGCGCACGAUCCAGUUUGUGGACUGGUGCCCUACUGGUUUUAAGGUUGGCAUCAAUUACCAGCCACCAACAGUGGUUCCUGGUGGGGACCUGGCCAAAGUGCAGCGGGCGGUGUGCAUGCUGAGCAACACUACAGCCAUUGCUGAGGCGUGGGCUCGUCUUGACCACAAGUUCGAUCUGAUGUAUGCCAAACGUGCCUUUGUGCACUGGUAUGUUGGAGAAGGGAUGGAGGAAGGGGAAUUCUCAGAGGCUCGGGAAGAUUUGGCUGCACUUGAAAAAGAUUAUGAAGAAGUGGGCACAGACUCGAUGGAUGGAGAAGAUGAAGGCGAAGAAUACUGAACACAGCCAAAGUGAAUUGCAGGUCUUCUCCAGGGCCUUCUUAUUAGCAGUGUAAAUCAUGUCUAAUGAUUGGAAUAAACUUCUUUAAGACAUCCA